AUGUAUAUUUUAUCUAUCUAUCUAUCUAUCUAUCUAUCUAUCUAUCUAUCUAUCUAUCUAUCUAUCUAUCUAUCUAAGAAAGAUCGCGGAGAAGUUUUCAGUCCAACCAACAUUCGUGCCUCAAAUUUUAAGAAGAACGAAGCUGUAUGUCUUGUAUGUGGAGACAGGGCGUCCGGGAAACAUUAUGGAGUACUCAGCUGCGACGGAUGCCGCGGGUUUUUCAAGCGAAGCAUUCGGCGGAACUUAGAUUACAUCUGCAAGGAAAAUGGCACAUGUGUCGUAGAUGUGGCCAGACGAAAUCAAUGUCAAGCAUGUCGCUUUCGAAAGUGUUUACAGAUGAAAAUGAACAAAGACGCUAAGUGUCAAAUAAAAUGUCUUAUUAAAAUUAUCCCCCCCUCCCCAUCUAUCUAUCUAUCUAUCUAUCUAUCUAUCUAUCUAUCUAUCUAUCUGGUGAUUGAAAAGUAA